AUGACGAGAAUAAAAGCCGGGACACGUACCCCUGCCGACGGUUUCGACGCCAGUACAUCUGAGCAAGUACCAGUGAUCGUGUCAAGGGCACAAACCGGAAAUAAAGGCUGGAAAAUCCUCAGUUCCAAGGAUGUCGAGGCCGGCGACCCGAUCUUUCAUGAGAAAGCUCUCUUCCUAAAUGUGGCGACCAAAUACCAGCGCCCAUGGAAAGGUCCGGCCGCCAUCGGCAAAGAAACAUUUGGCGCACUCAUAAAAUCAGUCGCAGCAUUCAUGCAGGAUUCGGUUAUCAUGACCCGUGCGCUUGAGGCUCCUGUUCCUGAAACUGACUCACUUGGGUUUUUGAGGAACUACUUUACUCGAGAUGUAAAGCUCCCAGCAGGAAUUUCCGAGGAAGACGUUCUCGAGGGGCUAUAUGGCCAAUCCCCACGGAUGGAAACACUUGAGGGACAACAACGUGCACUGGAACUUGUUGGUCGUUUCUUCCGAGAUGCCCUGGCCCUGGAGGUGGAUAGUGGUCCGGAAGCAGUCUUUGCAUUUUCCACUUUCGCCUGCGUUCUCAAUCAUUCUUGUCACCCGAAUGCAAUAGCCAUUCCCAAACCUCGUGUACAUCACUACGAGGGUUCGGACACUUUCAUAGGCCAUGUGCACGUUCGUGCCCUCCAGCCUAUCAAGGAAGGCGACGAAGUAACCAUCACAUAUGUGUCUGGUUUCAGACCUAGCCGUCAGGAACAUCAGUCCGAUAUUGCCAGGUUGUUUGGGUUCAGAUGUGAAUGUGAGACAUGUGAGUCCGAUAAGCUCGACCCGAACCAGCGAGACUUGAGGAAUGUCGUGUAUCGCCUUUAUAACGAGCUGUUGACACCUCCAAGCGUGGUGGACAUUCCGGCUCCACUGGUGUAUCGCAGAGCAGCUCUCGUUCUGGAUGGUUUCGACGCCCUUGGGAUCGUUCACCACCCGAAGAGGAUUGUUUACGAUAUCUGCACUGUACGGGCCUGGGAUAUGGCAGACUCAUUGCGCAUGCAUUUUUUCUCGGCCAAAGCGCUCGAAUGGGCAUCGGUUGCUUAUGGUGAUCUACUUGGCCCGGAACUCGAAAGAAUCCAGCAGCGCGUGCAGAUUGCCCUUUCAGGCGAGGUCGACCCUGGUGACGGUUCUAUCUGGGGCCAUUCCACUUACGUAGAGUAUGACAUGGACCCAGACUUGCUGGACGACCUGAUGUUCAUGAUGAAUCACGACCGAAAUGAUGAAGUGUACCACUGUUUGCGUGUCGUCGGCGGAAAGAUUGAAGAGAUUCCUGAGAAGGCCAAUAGAAAGCGUAUCCAGGCAAUGCUGCAGCAGCAGCAGCAGCAGGAACAGCAGGAGCAGCAAACCAAGUCGCAAAAGGAAGACCUGCGAAGCAUCGACGAUAUCGUCAGAGAGAUAGAGGCAAUGGACAAGCCAGAGUCCAAGAAAGCCUCCAAGAAGGCGAAGAAGAGAAGCAAGAAGAAGGCAGAGGAGGCACGGGAGGAGGAUGAGGACGCCUUGCCUGCUCCCGCUUCUGCUCCUGCUCCCGCGCCUACUCCCGCUCCUACUGCUGCUCCUACUCCAGCUCCAGCUCCUGUUCCAGCUCCAGCUCCUGCUCGGUUUCGAUUGGGAGAUCUCAAGCCGUUCGUUUGUCCCUUUGGCGCCGCAGACGGCAUCUCGAAGCAAGCAUGGUUGCAGAACAACGCAACCAAGGAAGCGUUGCGUUACGAGCCACGAGACAUAGGACACCUUCUCGCCGCCAAAGACGGCAUGGGCACGAACCAGGAGGGGUUCGUGCUCAGAGCCCGUCGAGACUCAGUCGCUGGCCGAAUCCAGGGGGAGAAGGAGUUCUUGGAGCUGGCCGGGCGAUUGGGCCGAAAGAUCAGAACCCAUUCCUUCGGGAAUGACGGUUCAAAGAAGGACCUGCUGAAAGAAGCAGAGGUCUGA